AUGUCGUCCUCCAGUGCUACCCAAAAUGAGCCUGCAAUCGGCCCCACGCGCAUGUGGCAAACCUCGAGCGGCAUCACGUUCAACGGCAUAUGGGACUCGCAGACUUUCUUGCCCAUCAACGGGAACACUGAGAUCUUCACUUGCUUUUCGGACGCUUCUGACUAUAAGCUUGUAUCUUCAAUGAGCAUCGGUGUCCGGACCCUAGAGUCCGACCGCGGAAGACAGGUCCUCCAGAGUGUCGGGACCGAGGUUAUCCAAGCGUGGCAUGACGAGGGCGUGCCUUUCGAUGGGGACCUCCAAAAUAUACGAGACUACGUCAACCACUUCCUCUCUCGCAUUAGAAACAACUUCCCGAUGGUGAUCCUCGCAAGCGAAAUCCGCAAUCCAGAUAACCUCGCCCAAACGGUGAGGAACGAUCCCGGCCCACCACCCGGAAAAUGGGACGGCAACCUGUGGGACUACAAGCCCGUCGUCGCGACAGGCUUUUAUUUCAACCCAGAGCGCGUCCUGGCCAUGGCCCGGAACUUCGCCUCGCCCACAUUGCCGCAGCAAGCGCGGGAGCGUGAUAUCACUUUCCAAUUCCUCUUCGGGAUGACGACGUGCCACGAGCUCGUCCAUGCGUUUAUCGGCUACCUCGCGGGGACCAACGGGGCUUUGGACAAAAGCUACACGCCCCCCCACGUUACUGUCCGAGGCUACAGUCAGAGCAUAAUGAGCCGCGGCGGCGAUAUGCUGCCAAGGGGUGAGUCGGGACGAGUGUUUGACCUCUUCAUGUACGGAGGCACCGUCGAGUUUUACCGCGACCCCAACCAAGGGGACGACCAGCCUGGGGUCCCCUACCUUGUGGAUGCCAGUGGGUUAGCACGCAAAAUAACCCGGGCCUCGAUCGACGCCCAAAUCCUCAAUCCCGAAAAUGUUGCGGUUUACCCGUUGCAAACCCACCCUGAAGCCUUCGAUGCGGCGGCAAGGAUCCAUCGGGAGCUCCGAUCGAUGGGAGCGGGCCUCCCGCCAGACUCUCCGGGCGGCGGCGGCGGCAGGUUCAUGACGGCCGCCGUAGAGAGAUACUACGUGUCGGAUGCGGACGCACGCUUGGUGGUGUCCGAUCACCGCAAGGUCCAGCCAGUCACGGUUAGGUAA